ACGCCAAACUGAACAAAGAUCGGAGACAUCCAGAAAAAACUAUAUUUUUCUUUUCGGAAAGUCAGUGCUAUUCUAUAAAUAUUAUUACAUUAAUUUUGCUGGGAAUUCUCAAAGUACAAUUUGUGAUACUCUUCGGUGCGAUGUACGAACUUAGUCAUGUUAAUUAGUGAUUACAUACUGCAGUGUACUCAGCGGCGCGAAAUCGUUCAAUAUGGCCGCCGGAACUGGAACUGUUUCUCAGAUUUGUUUACUGCGGGUCCGGCUGUGUUAUUUUUGUUAGUAGGCAAAGAGUGAUAGUGUAUCAUUAGUAAAGUGGCUAAUUUUUUAGAGCAGAUUUGGUUAUUUAUAUGAUCUUCUCCAAAUAUUAGAUUUUAAGAAGUGCAUUGAAUUAAAUUAAGUGCAUUAGUGAUCAUCUUUCAAUUUACAUGGGCUGGUCGAGUCGAGGGUGUUUAUUGAAUAAAAAUACAUCAUUGUGAGCGCUUGUGGUCCCUCGCCAUGUCUCAGCAUGAGCGGUCGGAGCCGCGAUGAGCGCGCCACGGCCGCGCCUGCAGCUGUCGCCGCUGCCGUGCCGCCACUCAUGGGGGUGGAGCGCGUGGUGGCCGUGGUCGGGGUCGGGGGCGCGGGCGGGGGCGGCGCGGAGGCGCUCAACGGCGCCGCCGCGCCGCCCGAGCGCGCGCCCGACGAGCCGCCGCGCAAGCGCACCAAGCUGGAGGAGGCGCCCUCGCUGCGCAAGCGCGUGCUCGAGUACAAGCUGCUGCGGCUCAAGACGCUGCGUGACCGGUACACGGAGCAGCUGAGCGAGCUGUACUUCCUGCAGGCGGGCGGCAACAUGAUGGACUACGCGGCGUGGCGCAAGCGGCCGCCCGCGCCGCAGCUGGUGUCGUUCCUGGAGGCGCGCCGCCCGCCGCCCGCGCUCGCUCCCGCGCCCGAGCCCGCGCCCGCUCCUGCGCCCGAGCUCGCGCCCGCGCCCGACCCGCCGCCGCCCACCGAGAUGGUCGAGAAGGCGCGGCAGGAAGCGUAUGUGGCGGCGCGCGUGGCGGAGCUGGCGCGCGCGGGGCUGUGGGCGGAGCGGCGCCUGCCGCGCGUGUGCGAGCCGCCGCGCCCCAAGACGCACUGGGACUACCUGCUCGAGGAGAUGGCCUGGCUCGCGCAGGACUUCGCGCACGAGCGCAAGUGGAAGAAGCAGGCCGCCAAGAAGUGUGCUCGAGCUGUGCAAAAAUAUUUCCAAGACAAGGCGGCCGCGGCGCAGAAGGCGGAGAAGGCGCAGGAGCUGCAGCUGAAGAGGAUCGCCGCCUUCGCCGCCAAGGAGAUCAGGACUUUCUGGCUCAAUGUGGAAAAGCUGGUGGAGUGGAAGCGGUCUCGGCGCGUGGAGCGCGCGCGCAAGGAGGCGCUGGACGAGCAGCUGUCCAUGAUCGUGGACCGCACCGAGCAGUACAGCCGGCAGCUCGCCGCCAGCCUGCAGCCGCAGCCCGACACGCCGCCCUCCGACGACGAGUUCACGCCGCGCGGGCCCGAGGACGACGACGAGGAGACCAUCGCGCAGGCCGAGCGCGAGGCGCAGCACGACGCCGCCCACCACCGCGACGAGAUCGAGGCCCUACGCCGCGAGUCCCGGCUCGCCCUCCCCGACCUGCUGCCGCCCGGCUACACGCUCGGCUCGCCUCCCCCCAGCCCCGGCUCCUCCGACUACAGCGCCGGCGCCGACGCCGACUCCGCCGACGACGAGGACACCAUCGCCGAGCAGGAGCGCCAGGAGCGCACCGACCACGCGCGGGAGAUCGACGACCUGCACGAGGAGGCCGACCUCGACAUCGACGAGCUGCGCCGCCGCUACCAGGCCGCGCCGCCCGCGCCCGAUCACCACGACUCGGACAGCGACGACUCGAGCGAGCCCGACAGCGACUCGUCCUCGGCGGCCUCGUCGGCGAGCGGCGGCUCGGAGCGGCUGGCCACGCUGGUGGAGGACGCGGGCGCGGGCUCGGAGCGGCGCGUGGAGGCGGCCGCGUCGCUGGCGGCCACGCUGCAGCCCACCGGCACCACGCUGCAGUCGACGGCCGUGGCCACGCCGGUGCCGCGCCUGCUCAAGCACCCGCUGCGCGAGUACCAGCACGUGGGGCUGCACUGGCUGGCCACCAUGCACGCGCGCGCGCUCAACGGCAUCCUGGCCGACGAGAUGGGGCUCGGCAAGACCAUCCAGACCAUCGCGCUGCUCGCGCACCUCGCGCUCGAGCACCGAGACUGGGGGCCGCACCUCGUCGUCGCGCCCACCUCCGUCGUGCUCAACUGGGAGAUGGAGUUCAAGAAGUGGUGCCCCGCCUUCAAGAUCCUCACCUACUAUGGGACUAUCAAGGAGCGCAAGCUGAAGCGCGUGGGGUGGACGAAGCCGAACUCGUUCCACGUGUGCAUCACGUCGUACAAGCUGGUGGUGCAGGACCACCAGUCCUUCCGCCGCAAGCGCUGGCGCUACCUCGUGCUCGACGAGGCGCAGAACAUCAAGAACUUCAAGAGCCAGCGCUGGCAGAUGCUGCUCAACUUCCAGACCGACAGGCGGCUGCUGCUGACGGGCACGCCGCUGCAGAACAGCCUGCUGGAGCUGUGGUCGCUCAUGCACUUCCUCAUGCCCGACGUGUUCGCCUCGCACUCCGAGUUCCGCGAGUGGUUCGCGCCCGUCGCCGCGCUCGCGGGCGAGGGCGGCGCCGGCGCCGGCAACGCGGGCCUGGUGCGCCGUCUGCACGAGGUGCUGCGGCCGUUCCUGCUGCGGCGGCUGAAGGCGGACGUGGAGCGGCAGAUGCCGCGCAAGUACGAGCACGUGCUGCUGUGCCGCCUCGCCAAGCGGCAGCGCUGCCUCUACGACGACUUCAUGGCCAGGGCCAAGACGAAGGAGAGCCUGGCGUCGGGUAACCUGCUGAGCGUGAUCAACGUGCUGAUGCAGCUGCGCAAGGUGUGCAACCACCCCGACCUGUUCGAGCCGCGCGCCGUCGCCUCGCCCUUCCACAUGGACGCGCUGCGCAUGCGGGUGCCCGCCGCCGUGCUGCUCGACGAGGUUCGGGAGCGGAUAGCGUGCGCGGCGCGGCUCGGCGGCGACCUGGCGUCGCUGGAGGCGGCGGAUGCGGGCGCGUUCGCGGCGCACCGCGCGCGCCACCUCGCGCCGCCGCGCCGCCUGGUGCAGGAGCUGUGCGCCGCGCCGCCCCCCGACCCGCCGCGCCCGCCCUCCACCCGGCUGCGCAUCCACCUGCGGCUCGUGCCGCGCGCGCUGCCGCCCGCCGCGAGAGGUGCCGCCACGGCGCCCCGCUGCGCGUGCGGCCCGCGCGCCGCGCCGCGCCGGCGGGCGCGCCGGCCGUGGGCCGCCGACGGCGCCGGCGCCGGGCGCGGGCGCGGCGGCGCGGCUGGAGGCGCGGCGGCUGGCGUGCCUGCGGCGCCUGGCGGCCGACAACGAGCGCCGCUGCUGGCGCCUGCCGCUGCUGGGCGCCGACCUGCGCCGCGCCGUCGGUUCAGCGUGUGUUGGCGCGCUUGCGUAGCGGCGGCGCCGACGCUGGAGGCGGGCUCGGCGAGCGGCGCGCGCGCGUGGCGGUGGGCGGCGCGCGCGGCGGAACACGCCGCCGCGCCGCCGGCCAGGGCGGCGCUGGCGCUGCUGCACGCGCCCGCCAGCCGGCAGGCCGUGGCCUUCCCGCACCCGCGGCUGCUGCAGUUCGACUGCGGCAAGCUGCAGGCGCUGGCGCCGCUGCUGCGCCGCCUCAAGGCGGGCGGCCACCGCGUGCUCAUCUUCACGCAGAUGACGCGCGUGCUGGACGUGCUGGAGGCGUUCCUGAGCCUGCACGGGCACGCGUACGCGCGGCUCGACGGCGCCACCAAGGUGGAGCGGCGGCAGGCGCUGGUGGAGCGCUUCAACGCGGACGCGCGCCUCUUCGCCUUCAUCCUCUCCACGCGCUCCGGCGGCGUCGGCCUCAACCUCACCGGCGCCGACUGCGUCAUCUUCUACGACUCGGACUGGAACCCCACCAUGGACGCGCAGGCCCAGGACCGCUGCCACCGCAUCGGGCAGACGCGCGACGUGCACGUGUUCCGGCUGGUGACGCAGGCCACCGUGGAGGAGAACAUCCUGCGCAAGGCCACCGAGAAGCGCCGCCUCGGCGAGCUCGCCAUCGACGACGGCCACUUCACCACCUCCUACCUGCGCGAGGCGAGCAUCAAGGAGCUGUUCGGGUCGGGGUCCUCGGCGGCGGCGGCGGAAGGCGACGUGGAGAGCGCGCUGGCCGCCGCCGAGGACGAGCAGGACGCCGCCGCCGCGCGCCAGGCGCGCGCCGAGCAGCAGGGCGAGCUCGCCGAGUUCGACGAGGCCGUGCCGCUCGCCCCGGACGACCAGCCCGACCGCAAGGACGAACUCGCCGCGCUCAUGACGCAGCUGACCCCGAUCGAAAAGUACGCGAUGCGCUGCGUGGAGAGCAGCGAAGCCGGCUGCGAGGCGGAGCGCGAGGCGCUCAGCGCCGUGCGCCGCUCGCUCGGCGACUGGGAGCGCCGCCGCCGCCGCGACCCCUCGCCCGAGCCCGAGCCCGCCGACGCCGACGCCGAGCCCGAGUCCGAGCUCACGUACACGCGCCGCGACGCCGAUACCAAGGUGCGCCGUCCGCCCCGCGCCCGAGUGCGCGUCCGCCGCCGCGCCCACCCGCCGCCCUCCCCGCCCGAGGAGCGCGAGCGCGAGGGGGAGGACACUGUACAGACCGAGGAGACGAUAGACACGAAAGAGACGAUAGACACGAAGGAGACGAUAGACACUAAGGAAACGACGGACAAGGAUAAGUCGGACACUGUAGAGAGUGCGGCUAGGAAGGCGGGCACGCGCGCGACGCGGUCGCGCGGCGGCGUGCACAUCGACCUGUGGCGGCUGGACGCGCGCCGCGCUCGCCGCGCCGGCGCCGGCGCCGGGGACCGGCCCGCGCACGCGCACGCGCACGCGCUGCGCAACGGCACGCUGGACGCGUGGCUGGCCAAGCCGCGCCCGCCCGACCUCGAGCAUAAUAAAGUGUGGCUGAGCGGCGGCCGCGGCGCGCGCGCCGAACGGAUGCCGAUCUGGUCCCCGCCCUCCCCGCCGGCCAGCGACGGCGACGGCGAGGCGUACCGGCCGCGCUGGGCGCUCGCGCUCUACCGCGCCGGGCCCGCGCCCGAGCACGCGCUGCCCGCGCUCCCCCGCGCGCGCCUCCCCCGCGCGCCCGGCCCCUCCGCCGCCGCGCCCACCGCGCACCACGCCCGCCUCGUCCGCCCGCCCCGCGCGCCGCCCUCGCUCUUCGAGCGCGCCGCCGCCGGCGCCCGCGUGCGCGUGCGCGUCCGCGCGCCGCCCGACAAGCACAAGGACGCGCCCGCGCCCGACUGGGCGCCCGCCGAGGACGCCGCCCUGCGCCGCGCGCUGCGCCUGCAGCGCCUGCCGCACGCCGCGGACGCGCCGCCCGCGCGCGCGCCCAACUGGGAGUGGGCCGCCGAGCUCGUCGCCGACGUCGCCCGCGCCUACCGCGCGCCCCGCGCCUGCCGCGACCGCCACGAGCGCCUCGCCGCGCCCGACGAGCGCGACCGCCAGGACCGCGAGCGCGACCGCGACCGCGACCGCCAGGACCGCCACCAGCGCCGCAAGCAGCGCAAGCCGGGCGCGCGCCGCCGCGCCGACGACGACGCGCCGCGCCCGCCGCUCGCGCGCCUCGACGCCAUGCGCGAGGCGGCCGAGCGCCGCCGCGCCGCGCCCAAGCGCCGCCUCGACGACGCGCAGCACCACAACCCCAAGCACGCGCAGCUGCUCGCCGACCACGGCCUCGACUACGACCGCCCGCCGACGCCGAUGGAGGUGGCGUCGCGCCGCGCCGACCGCAUCGCCAAGGAGAAGUCGAAGGCGGCCGGCGCGGGUGCGGGUGCGGGCGCGGGCGCGGGCGCGGGCGGGAGCGGCGCCACGCCGGCGCCGGCCGCGGCCCCGACGCCGGCGGCCGCGGCGCCGGUGGCCGGCGUGGCGGGCGUGGCGCCGACGGGCGCACGCGACGCACGCGACGCACGCGGCGGCGGGCAAGGCGGAGGCGGCGCGGCGCGCGCGCGCGGCGGCCGUGGCGGGCGUGGUGGCGAGCGCGGCGGGCGCGGUCGCCGCGCAGCCGCAGCAGCUGCUCUACCGCCACCAGCCGCUGCAGGCCCGCCACCACCUCAAGAUCCUGCACCACGCCAAUGCGAGCACGGCCCAGGGCUCCGGUGGCAGCGGGGUGACGGUGGCGAGCGUGGCGGGCGAGAGCGCGCUGCGCACGCUGCAGCUGCAGCAGCUGGCGCUGCGCCGGAGCGCGCUGCCGCCCGCCGCCGCCGCCGCCGCCGCCGCCGCCGCCGCCGCGCCCGUGCCCGGCGCGCAACAACAGGUCGCGACUGCGGCCGGCGCGCGACUGCUGGCGCGCGCGGCGGCGCCGCACCCGCACGUGGUGGUGACGCACGCUCCGCACGCUCCGCACGCGCCGCACCCGCCGCCCGCCGACCACUGACCGGGUGUACAGAAUACCCUCCCGCCCUCCGCGCAGGCGCCGACCGUUAACUGAAAAGCGAACAAUAAACAUUGACUGAUGUUA